GUGUGCGCGCGCGCGCGAGCACCGCUGCUUUAACACUCCCAGAACUUCCUGAAUUUAGUGUGUCCAUGAUUUACGGAUUUUUUUCUUCACCAUGAACGUGAGCAAGAAACUUCUCAUCUACUUGCUCAUGCUGUCAGGGUGCAGGGUUCCAGCUGCAGGUUCCACUCCAGAUCUUCUCUCCUGCUGUUUUGAGGAGUUCACUAACGGCUCAGUGAUGUACAGACUGAACCAGACCGUGGAGUCGGCCAACCUGAGCUGGAACAGAAACGAGACACCCAUAACUGAUGAGGUAACUAAAGAAGUGGACCCGAACAUUGUUGUGGCUCUCGGUCCGAACUGGAUCACACUGUAUCGGAAUUACUCGGGCAUUGUUCUCAGUAUUCAGCAUGUGCACAUGAACAGGGAAAAAAAGGUUCACUGUACAGUUUCAUGUGAACCCAGAAACACUAAUCUUCACUCUGAAGUAAAUCAUUAGCAUGCUGAGUGAGACAGUUGGACUUCUGGUGCUGAGAGUGAGACAGUCAGAGAGGAGAUUCGGGUCAGACAGGUGGAACCGGAACAGGAGCCGGUUUAUUAGGAACAGGAGAUCAGCUGCUUUCAGUCCUGCGAGACUUCUACAGCGUCUCUGACUCAGUGAAGCUCGUAUCACCUUCAACAUCUGCCAUGGCGGCUCCUGUGCCCAAGCCGAGAAGCCGGUACAUGAUGAGUAAGAAGUUACAGAACGGUUCCUCAGAGAGUAACGCAGCUAAGGAUAAAAUCCAGACAGCCAAUAAGCUAUCUGAAGUGACCGGCCCAGAGGUGAACGGAGGCUCCAGCGUCUCUCCUGCCGGUCUUCCUGAUCUAACACACGACUCCAGAGCAGACAUAGUGGAGAGGUACGUGUGGCCACCCUCGCCUCCUCAGAGCCCCACGCCAUCUGAUGACGAGGACUUUGAAAGUUUAUCAGAAUGCAUGAAGGAGAGCGUCACGUCAGAUUCCUCGGCUGAUGACUGCCUGGUGCCGCCCCUCGCCCCACAGACAGACAGGGCUUUGAACCUCCACCCUCCUGAAGAAUGUCCCAGCUCCACCAGCUCGGAGAGCGCUCCUCAGAUGACUAAUUCUCAGCCGAAAAACGCCGCUCCAUUAAAGCCGUCAGUGCUGAAGAAACCGAAACAAACUCCGAUCCCGAAGAAACCACGCGCCGCUACCAUCCGUGUGAGCCGGAGGAAAUCGGGAGCAGCGAGGAACACCGUCCAGCCUGCAGAGAAUUCCUACAAAGAGAGCGCCGUGUCCCGCUCCAGCUGGCUGGAUGUCUGGAAGGGACGCAAACACAAUGUGCUGUGGACCACGUUUGACGGUCAGGUGAUGGCUCUGUGGAAGAAACGCUCAGACAAGUUUUCUGAGUACGUGUUCCACGUCUCGAGCGUCACCAACGUGCGGCAGCAGGAGCGAGGACACUUCCUCAUUUACUUCCGCAAGAAGCACUUUGAGUUCAUGGCUCCCAGUGAAGAUGUGAAGACGGGAUGGGUGACAUCACUGCAGGCUUCCAGAGGACGAGAAGCUCCAGCGCCUCCUCUUCAUCACAGCUCACUGAUGAUGAAGGAACCACGUAGUAAAGUUUACUGCGCCAUCAGCGGACACAACCUGUGGAUUUACAACAGCAAAGAGGACUUUAAUUUGGGUCUUGGGAUGAUGUUUGUGUCCAUGAAUGUGGCCUCAGUAAAACCGACUGGACGUCACAGCUUUAGCCUAAUUACACCUUAUAGAACAUUCAAUUUCUCAGCAGACUCCUCGAGAGAGGUAACGACAUGGCUGGACCAUCUGAACGAGGUGAUCCGCAGUGCUCUGUCCUGCAGUGAGGUGGCUCAGCGCUUGUGGUCGAGUCCCUGGAAUAAAGUGUGUGCCGACUGCGGCGGUCCGAACCCGGAGUGGGCCUCCAUCAACCUGCUGAUGGUCAUCUGUGAGGCCUGCGCAGGAGUUCAUCGCAUGAUGGGGGCCAACAGGUCGAAAGUGCGGAGUCUGAAACUAGACAUUAAAGUGUGGACUGAGCCUCUGAUACAGCUGUUUGUGCUUUACGGAAACAAAGCUAGCAAUAACGUGUGGGGUCACAACGUUCCAGCGGUGGAUCAGAUCCUCCCUGACGCUGAUCCACAACAACGAACCGCUUUCAUCAACGCCAAGUACUGCAGCGGGCUUUACCGCAAAGCUCAUCCUCUCGCCUGUAGCCAGAAGCUGCUCAACCAGAGGUUGUGUGAGGUGGUGUGUGGAGCUGACGUGGAGGAGACGCUCUCACUACUGUGUUCAGGAGCAAAGGUUCUGGGUGGAGAUGGUCCAUCAGCCAUCACACUGGCCGAGAAUGCUGGACAGGCUCUACAGACUGAGCUGCUCCGACACAAUGAGUUCGUAGAAACUCCUGACUUUGACCAGCAGAGACAGACCAGAGGGCAGACAAACUUAGAAGAACUCCACGGUAGGCUGGAUGAUGAGCGCUUCCUCUUCUCACAGGAGACUCAAUCAGCUGCAUGUGAUGUUCUUGACCUGCGGGAGGUCAUCUCUGUGUUCAAUCAGUCCACAGGUCAAACCCAUGAGUUUGAGAUUCUGACACUGACGGACAAUCUGACCUGUAUCGCUGACACACAAGAAAUGCUGCUAAAUCACAUGCUGCACAUCAUCAAGGUGGUGAUGCCCAACCCCCUGUUGGAGGAGGAGCUUGAUGGGGUGAUGGGCGUGUCCCGGUUGUCUCUAAGAGAAGGAAGUGGACUGAAGUACGCUGAGGUUUGGGUGAUGAUCCGACCGGGAGAAAUCUUAAUCUAUCCCUUACACACACACACACCACGGACCCCCAUCACCCUCAACCAACACACACGCUACAGUAUGUGUUUGUUAGAGAACACUGUGGAGGUGAUUGCAGAAGAGAAGGCGGUGUAUCUUCAGUUUGAGCGUGAGGAGAGCUGCAGCAAAUUUUACUCUCUGCUGUCCAGUGCUGCGUCCAGUCUCAGGAAGCCGUAUCGCCGCUCCCUCUACACACUUCCUGCAGGGAUUAGAGGGUGUGUCCCUCCUGAGGUGCAGCGCUGCAUCUCUCACAUCACGCUGUACGGUCUGAAGGUGGAGGGUCUGUACCGCUGCUGUGGAUCGGUCACUAAGAUCAUGGAGCUGGUGGAGAAGCUGCACAAGACUCCAGACGUUGUUUUGGAGACAAAUGAAAUCUCUGUACAGGAAGUAGCAGGAGCGCUAAAACACUUCCUCCGAAACUCAACUCACCUCAUUCCCUCAUCUGAGAGAGAGAACUGGGUCAAUGCAGCAGCUCACACUGAGGUCACUAGAAGACUGCAGGAGUAUCAAAGGCUGGUCAAACUCCUCCCUCCUGACAACAGAGCCUUACUGUCCGCCCUGUUCAGUCACCUCUACAAUGUGCAGCUCUACAGUCAGGUGAAUAAGAUGACGGCACAGAACCUGGCAGUGGUGUUUGUCCCCACGCUGUUUGAGGAGCUGGCUAUGAACAAAAACCUGGUGAAUCUGACCAGAGAGCUGAUCAUCCAUCACACACUCGUCUUCCUGGGAAAGGAUGAAACCGUGGAGGAGGAAAUGAUCACUGCAUUGUGAAGAGAAAUAUCUGGACUUGACUUUACUCCACACCCCCACCCCCUUAUCAUCAGCAGGACUGAAAACUUCACUCAUUUCUGGUUUUUGUUUUUAUUCUGUAAACUUUAUAAAGUGUUUGUGUUUUCUGUGUAAAGGAAAAUAAGAAUGUGA